AUGCAAGACGUGAUACUGGAUUAUAUUCGCACAAGAGCAGCAUCAGGACUUGACCGUACAAGUCUUACAUACCAUGAAGGCCCCUUCGGCUCCAGACGUCUCCGAGAAGCCAUGGCUAAGCUGAUUACCACCUACUUUUACCCUGCUUCACCGAUCACAUCUGACAAUAUCCUUUUCACGAGCAGCGUAACGAGCCUAAACGCAGUCUGUGCCCUCUGUCUGACCGAUCCCAACGAUGGGAUAUUGCUCGACCUCUCCGUUCCCUCCGGCUGCCAACUUAUCUACACUUCCUUCCAAGGGGACGAUCCAUCCGGUCCAAGUGCUGUGAUUCAGUAUGAAGAGGCCUUUUUAAAAGCACGAGAUGAUGAUGGGGUGUCAGUCCGGGCUCUCCUAAUUUGCAACCCUCAUAACCCGCUUGGUCGAUGCUACCCGCGGGAGACUCUAGAGGCGCUCCUGCAGUUCUGUCAAAAGUAUCAGAUCCACAUUAUCAGCGAUGAGGUGUACGCAUUGUCGGUUUACGAAGAGAAUACCUCCACAGAUGGCUUUAUUUCUCUUCUAUCAAUCGAACCGGCCAACAACGGGGUAAAUCCUGCCCUGAUUCAUGUGCUAUACGGGAUGUCGAAGGAUUUCGCCGCGGCGGGUUUACGACUGGGAUGUUUGAUCAGCCAGAACCAGAACUUCUUGCAGGCGGCAUUAUCCAUAAGCAACUAUCUUACCUCGGCGCGGCAAUGCGGAUAA